GUCCUCGCGCCUCAGUAGCCGUCUCGCCGAAGCAGCAAGAGGACUACUGUGCCGGUCCUCAGCGCACUCUGUUUAACGCGCAUGAGCCGCUUCGUCGAACCAGUUACUUACAGAGACUGACAACUAAAGUGAACUUCCUAACAACAGAGUGUGCCAUUAUUACUCCAGUAUCGCCAUGGGCCAGCAACAGCGCCACAGCAAGGACGAUCCGCCCGGCUGCAACUGUGUUGAUCUGUCGGUAGUGACGGAUCCAACCAGCAGCAGAGACGGUGUCUACCGCGGGCCGAACUUGACCUUUUCCAGCAACAACAACCUUCCGGAGAAGCACAACCGGCUCCAGCGGGCCUUGCAAUGGACUCGGGGCGGCUCCGACGACGUUGCUCCGGGCGGCGUCAUUGAUACCAAACCACUGAGGAGCGAUGACGGCGGCGAUGACGUUGCGCCGGCAACAAGCAGAAGCUACAUCGUCCUCGCCGGCGCAGAGUUCCUGGCCACCACCCUCCUCAUGUUCAUGGGCUGCGCGGGCGCCUACAUCGAAAAGGACAAGUUGGCCGCGAACGUCUACGGCUCGGCGGCCUUCGGGCUGGCCGUCUUCAUGUCGUCCAUCAUUUUCGGGCCCAUCAGCGGUGCGCACAUGAACCCACUCGUAACGCUGCUGAGUCUGGCCUUCGGGGGGAUCCGGUGGACGGGCGCCGUGGUGUACAUGGCGAGCCAGACGGUCGGGGCGCUCGCGGGCUACGGCCUGCUCUACGUGGUGAUACCGCCCGACGUGCAAGCGGCCGUCGCGGCUGACGCACCCAAGGGUCUCGUGUGCUGCACCAUCCCCAUGGACUCCAUGGACAACUGGUCAGCAGUCCUGGCCGAGUUCAUCGUCACUUCCAUCCUGUUGGGCAACGUGUGCGCGGGCAUGGCCAACCCGCCCAAAAACACAACCACACCCGCUUUUCAGAGUGGAAUACUCGUUGCUGGCAUCUGCACCAUCGAGGCCAUUUACACAGGCGCAAGUAUGAACCCUGCCAGGUCCCUGUCAGCUGCAAUUUGGAACGGGACUUUCGACAGAUUUUGGGUAUACCUCGUUGGACAAGCCCUCUCGUUAACCUUUGUUGUAACCCUGUAUGCAGUUUUCCGAACUCGCAAAUGACUGAUUAUUUUAAGUGACUUUAGGCUGUUUAAAUUUUUAUUACUAAUCAUCACAAAAGA